CGUGCAUCUAGUUGCUUGAUGCCGAACAAUAUUAUUUUAUUAUAUUUCAAAUAACAGUUAACAGAAAAGUAGAAAAGAGGGAGUAAGCUUGUUUUUACGCCGGUUAUUUAUCAGUCAUGGCAGAACAGUCCCGAAAUUCAUGGAUUAGUAAGGGUAACGAUAAAAAAAUUAGUUAUACUUGUGUUUCAUUUUUAAAUCGUAUAAGCUUCUGAAUAAUAGCUACGCACGGCUACUGCUGCUAGUACUACCACUACUACUUAUACUAGUACUAGUACUAGCUACUGCUACUACUACUGACAAUACUGUUGUUUACUAAGUUUACUUGUGUACUACUACUAUUUGUACUAGUGACUAGUUCUAGUAAUACUAACUAGUACCAGUUCACACUAUUCAGACAAUUCAGUUAGAAUUAGAUAGCUUAGAAUAGCUACUUUACUUUAGUAUUUAAAUUAGGCGACUUUGUACUUUGUAGGCCUACUAAUAAUAAUAAUAGGGUAGGGUACUUCAAUUUGUACCGCAGCAUUAUUAUUAUUCACACUUCCAAUAAAACAAUUGUUCUUUUGAAUAAAAACUUUUAAUUCAACGCAAAAAUUAUUAUUAUACAUUAUUCAAUUCCACAUUUCAAUUAAAAAACUUACACUUCCAAUAAAACAAAUGUCAUUUUGAAUAAAAACAUAUUUACUUCUUUAAAAGUUCUCCGCUACUGUGGUGGCCAAAAUUGAACAAUAUAGUCUAGAAUGGCGUUGAAGACAUUCAAACCAUUUGCUUCAACACGUCGACGCCACAUGAACUCACACAUAUAAGAACCAAGCAUUUGUCUGUCUGUGUGUGCCAUCGUGGCGCUUGUUUCUCUCUUUUGCCGAUUUCAUUGUACGUUCGAUGCAUUGAGUAUUGGCACCCGAGUUCGGGUCAACAAAGUUAACUGAAUGAUUGACCAUUUGAUAAGUCAAUCCCGAAGUGGUGCCAAUAGCAUUAUAUGCUCUCCAUUGAUCUGAAAUGACUGUUGUGCCCGGCAGGAUGUACGCUGUGAUAAUCGGCAUAAGUGUAGCUGCUGAUCUAUUUUGUACACAAAGCUUGAAACACUCAAUAGUCUUGUGACAAAUGCCUCCAAAGACCCAUUGUUGUGGCAAAACUCGUCAGACGUGAAUUUUUCUGCGCGUAAAGACUCUCGUUGAUUUCAAAUGUAGUAUUACAUCCUCCAAUAAUAACCAGAUUUUGUGCAAGUGUAUUAGCACAUACCUCCUGACUGGAGGUAGUAGUACAAAUAGUAGUAGUACACCAUGACUUGCAGAAUUUUUGUUUUAAUGGCACUUCUGUAUUAAUGUAAAUAUAUUUACAUUCUUUUGCAGAUGAUCCUAAACUGGUAUCUUCGAGACAAAAAGAUAUGUUUGAAGAUAUCUUGGAGGAGAGGAAAUUAAAUAGUGAUCUGCGCUAUUGCUUCAAAACUCGUGAUGAGCCUAAGUUUAAACUCAAUAAAGCAAGAACCCCAGCUCAAAUUAAAGAGCAUGUCCUCAAUAGUGACAGGGUUCAGUAUGCUAUUGAACAGGUGAACAUUACACAAAUCAGUAAUAUUAUAUUGUACUAGACCAGUAGUUCAUUAAACCUCCCCCCCCCCCCCCCCCCCCCCCCCCCGAUCCAUUUCACUCUUCACCUUACCUUCUUACCCCUGUAACAAGCUUUGUACAGAAUAUUAUUAUUAUAUUAUAUUCACAAACUAUGUCUGGUACAUAGCAAAUACUGGAUAUUACCGGGUAUUUUAAAAGUAAUAAACUAGCGCAGUGAUUCCAAACGUUUUACUCUUGGAGCCCUUAUUAUAAUUAAUUUCUAUGGGGGUGCCAUAAAAAGCCAUAUUGCCUACAUAGUAAAUAAAUGUAAAGUCUUUAAUUAUGAUAAUUACAAGAAUGAAGUUCAGUGCUGAUGUUUCAAAUUUAAAACUCAUAAAAUCUUUUUCCGUCUAUUGUAAAUUGACAUAAUUUUUGGUUAAUGCUUUUUGACAGGCAUGCAUGGAAACUAAGUUGCCCAAAAGUGAUGUUACUGCUGAAGCGUGUGCAAUCCUAGAUGAAAUGGCUCAUAACCUGCGGAUGGGGGCCGUAAGAAGCUUUGCAUUUGGUCUUAUCAAGAUAUUCAAAGCUCUCUAUCAAAGAAUUUACGUAAAUGUAGAUGGCAUCCAAAAGGUAAAUACUGUAGAGAAAUUCAGAAGUCUGUCUUGCUUUUGAUUGUUUGUGUACCUGACUGAGAGGAAAAUUAGCUGCUUAUGAGGCAACAAACACAACACUGGUUUAAAUCUCCAUCUUUGUUAUAGUCUACUGCAGGGGUCUCCUAACUACGGCCAGCGGGCUGGAUGUGACCCGCAAAGGCCCUCUCAUCCUGCCCACGGAGACCUUUUUUUUAAUGAAAAAAAAUUACGGAAAUUUAUGUGCAUUCUGCCAAAAUUAGCUGCUGCUUACGUGGACUUAAUGUUUUUUCCGAAUUAAAAUGGAGCCGCGCAGUAGUGCGUUAUGUUUUCCAGCCGAUCACUGCAUUGCAAAACCUUAUUCGCAGUUUAGUUUUUCUACUUCGUUCACAGUCAAUGAGAUGAUAUAACGCCAUCUAGUGGCAAAGUUUUUAAAUGGUUUGCUGCUUGAUCAAGUCUUGAUUAUUUUGAUCAAAGUUUUCCAGUUGCGGUUGACUGCUGCGAUGAAGAGGUUUUGGUGUCAUUUAGACUUUCCUAAUGUCAAAACUUUUGCAUCAAGGUACGUUUCAAUCUUUGGAACAACACACCUGUGUGAACAAACAUUUUCAAGAAUGAAAUAUGUGAAGAAAAAUUUGAGAACAAAGUUGUCCGAUGAUAAUCUCAGGUCACUGUUGAUGUUAGGGACGUCAAAUUUAAAGCCAGAAAUGUCUGCUAUUUUGGCAUCCAGGAAACAAUUUCACCAUUUCCACUAAAACAGGUGUUCAUGUGUAGUGUAUCAAUGUGUUAUUAAAAAAUAAAUGAAUAAAAUAAUAUUAAAUAAAUAAUUAAAAACAACAUCCAUGUUUUGAUUCUUUUUUAUUUGGACCUCGAGUGUGUAGUCGACGCCAAACUGCUGUUUGAUAGUUAAUGCCGCCCUCUGGCUGAAAAGUUUGGAGACCCCUGGUCUAAUGAACUUCACAACUUGGUCUCUCAGAGCUAUGACACCAAUUUAGGCUCUCACUCUAAAUCUUGAUCUUUCUGCCUCCUCUAUCUGCCUCUGACGCUCUCUGUUUGGUCCCUCACUCUAACUCAGUGAGAAUAUCCUUAUGUCCUCAGACUGGCCUGUCCUUCCUAUCAACUACCUCAGAUCUGUAAUAUCCAUAAAAGCUGUACCUUUGUAUGGUUCUAUCUAUACAUUUGAAGCCCCGCCUUGUUAACCGUUGCCCUUUAAUUCUCCUGUACCCAUUUGCUAUUUUGCAUAUCUCUAUGCUUUAAACCUUCUCAAAUGUGCUAAGAUGGACAUUCAGCAGUAAUAAAACAACAGUACCCUGAUCGCCUAAUUGACUCACGUGCAUGCCAGGACUUGUGAUGGGAUGGAAAUAGGACCCUACUUUCAACCAAGCAAUGUUACUCAAAAGAGGGAACCAAUGUCCCCAUAUUCCCACCUCAUGACUAAAUACAUUCGUCCCUCGCCAUGCACUGCAUGGUGGAUGGUUUCCCUGUAUACAGAGUAUAUCUAAUUUUGCAUGGUGGAUUUAUAUAGAAUUUUAUAUGUUGUUAAAAUUAUGUAGAUGUUAAGAGUGUAGAAAGUGUUUUAUAGCUUAGGAAGUGUUUAUAAGAGUGUGGGAAAGGGUUUAUAAGAGUGUGUGGAGGGUUUAUAAAGCCUAAAAUAUAUAUAUAUAUGUGUGUAAUAAAUGAAAUAUAAGGUUGAUAUUUUGCGGAUGUUCGCUUAUUGCUGUGGGCUCUGGAUAGACGAGGGACCACUUAAUACAUAUUCUAAGGAUAAACAAGACAUCCCCUUACCUCUCACACUGUCUCUUUGCGCUUGCAUUGAUUUAUAUAAUAAAAUUGCUAAUUUCUGAUCUGCACUUCUAACCUCGAGUGCCCUAAUAUUGUGAUCCUACUCAUGUCUCCCCACAACAUAUAAAACCGCUCAGAAGCAGAAAUCUGCAUAUAACACGACAUCCAUUACUCUCUCAGGUGUGCGUAUUGAGUUAGCUCAAACAGUGCGGUACCUGGGUGUCUACCUAGAUAGAAGACUAACUUUUGAAAGUCAUAUUAACAUGCUAUGCAGGGCGAUUUUUCUGGAGCUGCGCAGGAUUAGUCAAAUCAGGCCCUUCCUAACAAUUGAUACAACAAAGAGGCUGAUGUCUGCAUUUGUGCUAUCACGCAUGGACUAUUGCAAUGCUCUCAUGGUGGGUCUUCCAGCUACGCUCCUGGAUAAAAUUCAAAUAGCACAGAAUAAUGCGGCUCGCAUAGUUCUCCGCAAACGCAAAUUCGACCAUGCAAAAACACUUCUGAGAGAGUUGCAUUGGCUGCCGGUGCGUGCUCGCAUAGAGUACAAAAUCGCAACUUUGUGCUACCGCUGCUUACAUGACCUGGCGCCGUCCUAUCUGAAAGAGCUGCUGACGCCUUAUGUACCCAGUAGAGAGCUCCGCUCAUCCGAUAGUGGCAAACUCUCGACACCACGUGUUUGCCUUGAGACUUACGGAAAGCGCACUUUCGCAUUUGCUGGUCCAACAAUUUGGAACGCCCUUCCUGUCGAUCUUAGAAACAACCAGACACUGGAGUCCUUUAAAACAGAUCUAAAGACACAUCUAUUUCGCAAAUACCUUCUGGAAUGAUUGUCUACCUUAUUUUCCAUGUGUUUCUGUGUUGCUCCGGGUUGAAAUGGCUAGAAGGACUUUGAUAUUGUAUGCUUGUAAUUAGUUUUUGUAGUGUUGUGUUUGUUUUAAAUGAGGUGAAUUAUAGAUAUGUUUUUUGUUGACUUUGUACCGCGCUUCGAGCCUUUGGGGAUGAAGCGUGUUUUUUAAAUGAACUUUAUUAUUAUUAUUAUUAUAAUAUAUACCAGGUAUUGUAGUAAAGCAAUAUCUAUAAAAUAAAAAAUACAUGAAAAUAAAAAUGGUUAUAUGAACCUAGUUGAUAUUGCUCUUUGGGUAUAAUCUUCUAACGGCCAGAAUUAAGUUGAAUGAAUACUUUCUUCACUGUCGUUUGUGUGCAGAAGCCAUGUGAAAAAUAUAUUGAAUGAAGGCUUUCUUCAUUGUCAAUUGUGUGCAGAAGCCAUGUUUUAAUAUUUGUUAAUCUAAAAGUAACAUAAAUGCAAAGUGUCAUUAUGCCCGUAAAAAGAACAACAAACAGUUAGAUAGAAGCAGGUAAUAUGAACAUUAUAAUUAUACAUUGAUAUUUAACUAUUGUUUUUAAUUAUUUUUAUCCAAAAUUAUUAUUUAGAUUCGAGGUAUGGUGAAAGAAUAUCCAAUUCUCUUGAUGCCUUCACAUAGAAGCUAUAUGGACUUUUUGCUUAUGUCUUAUGUAUUUUAUCAUUAUGAUCUUCCUCUUCCGGUCAUUGCUGCAGCUAUGGGUAAGAACAUACCUCAUAAUUUUGUAAAAUGCUUGAAUUUACAUGAGCUUAUAGAAAAUCUUGUUUAGAUAUAUUUAAAUUUAUUAACUUUUGAACGUUUGGUUCCCUUUUGUUAAAAUAUAAUUAGUACAGCAAAUUGAUAGUUGGAAACAAAAGAAUGAUUUUCAAUAGAGAAUAUUACAAUGUUAAACAGUCUCUGAUAUGCAAGAUGUGAUUACAAAUGUUCCUAUUGCCUAGCAGGUCUGAUCAAUUAACACUGACUAUAUACAAGUAUUUAUGCCGGAGUGAUUUUACAAAAGGCUUAUUUUUAUUUUCGUCAGAUUUUUUGGGAAUGCAGUUUGUUGGUUGGCUGCUCCGAAAUUCUGGGGCUUUCUACAUUCGUCGGAGCUUUGGCGAUGACCAUCUCUACUGGGCAGUGUUUACAGAGUAUGUACAAACACAAAUCUGUAAUGGUGAUGCUCCAAUUGAAUUUUAUGUGGAGGGAACCAGAAGCAGAACCUCGAAAUCUUAUACUCCAAAAUUUGGUAAGUUUUACAUGGAUGUUACACAAUGUAAUGAGAAGACUUUGAAAAUGCUUUAAAGAUGGUUGUAAAGUCUUGUGGAAACUGAUUUUUUCCAAUUUACAAAUCUGUCAUUACACUAUAUAAACCUUGGUGAAUAUUUAAACUUUUGAAUUCCUAAUCUUUAGGCAUGCUGUCGGCAGCUUUAGAACCUUACUUCAAGUCACACAUCCCUGAUAUAAUGGUGGUACCAGUGAGUAUCAGCUAUGACAGAAUUUUAGAAGAAAGCCUCUAUGCAUAUGAACUUCUUGGUGUACCAAAGCCAAAAGAAUCUACAUCGGUAAGUCAUACCUCUUGUACAACUAUGAUUGUACAACUUUUUUAACAACCUAGUUCAUCCAGUAAAUACAUUUUACAUCAGCAUUUGGCUUCAGUCCAGGAUAGGACAGAAUUAAUUAUUAUAUACAAAUAAGAAAACCUUGUGCUAGAAUUUAUGAACUUAAUAUUUCAUUGAGCAAUAUAAAUUAAUUAAUCUAACAAAUCUUUUAUGAAUUGCAUUAUAUUACAUAAAUUAUUUAACCAAUCUAAGAAUGUAAAAAAAAAUAGUACAAUUUUUUGUUUUAGUUAUAAGAACAAUAAAAAACUGAAUAACAUUGAGUCAAAACGUCAACCUGUCCCUAUCCCCAGUUUCAAAGGCUGAUAUAUUGGGACACAGACUUAAAUGAAUACAAAAUCUUAAUUUUUCUAUUAAUUUAAGGGCUUCAUCCUGCAUUAAAAAGAAAAUGCAUGUCCUAGCCUAGAUAUAAUGUAAAUAUUAAAAUGUUGUUCAUUUGUAUGUUUAUUUUUGUGUAAGAUAUUGGCUUAUAUAGUAUUUUAUAGAGAUGCUUAAAACGUAGCUUUCAUUCUAAAAAUAUUUUAGGGUCUUCUGAAAGCAAGGAAAAUUCUAGAGGAGGACUUUGGAAAUAUUCACAUUUAUUUUGGGGAACCCAUCUCAAUCCGAAAAUAUUCAGAAGGUUUAGUAGAUCGCAGUCUUCAUAAUUUAGCUCCAAGGUUUGUUUUUCAAGUCCAAAAUUGACUUUUUCUUAGCAAAUUUUAUCUUUUUUUUUAAUACUAAAAUGUAUACAUAAUUUUAUUUUUGUUUGAUUAUUGAAAAUUCAAAGCAUGUGUUUUUAUUGAUGUUAGCAGAUUUAAGUAAAAAAAACGAAGUUUAAAAUUUAGAUUUAAAAAGAAAAAAAUUCUUUGUUGAUUUUUAUUGAAAUACUAUAAUGCCAAACCUGUAAUAUAACUUGUUUAAAAUCUUACUUUUAGGUACAUUGCCAGCUUGACCAAUCAAGAACAAGAUCUCAUCAAAAAGCUUGGCCAUCACAUGAUAUUGACUCAUCAGAAACAUAUGGUAGUUUCCCCAUGGUCUAUGAUGGCAGCAGUUCUAAUGCAGUCCCAGGGUGGAAUUUCAUUACGGCAAUUGGCAAAGGAAGUAGAGUGGGUUAAAAGACAGGCUUCUAAUAUGGGUGCUUACAUUGACUGGCCAGGUUAGUUCUUUAGCUGAUGUACUUUUAAAAUUGGCCUUACACUUAUGUUUCCCAUUCAGAUCAUGAUCAACAAUUUAAAAUACCAAUGGACUGUUGACAUUUAAAGAGAAAUACAUAAAAUAAAUACUUUUGAAAAGAUUUUUAAAAUUAAUUUAUACUUAAGCACCAACAUGAAAGGUAAAAUAAUGGUCUUUUUAACUGUUAUGGAAUAAGAGGUAAAAAUGAUGGUAUUUUUAAAAUUUACAGUUCUAUAUUGUUGAAAUUUAAAGCAAGAAUUUAAAUAGAUUUGUUUUAAAACACUGUUUUUACAAACUAACCUGGCAGUGAAGUGAUAUUCAUCAUCAGGGCAAAACAGUGCUGUUUGUAAUGUAAAUGUUUGAUCACUUGAUUAUAAAAUCACUAGACCAACUUGCUGCAGAGAUAAUACAAAUUUUUUUUCCACCUUUCAGCCUCUGAAUCAGCUGAGACAGUUUUGAGGGCAAACAUCAAACUACACCAUAACAUAGUACGUGUAGCAGAAGAUGAUGUCGUAGAGUUAGUUAGAGUGGCACCUCCUGCUCAUGCCAAAGCUACUGAUGCCCUAAUGAUAACAGGUUUUUAAUUAAUCUUUUUUAAUUAUUUCUUUUACCACUAUUAAAUGUAUCGUAAUGUAAAACAGAGGCAACCAUGGUUCUCAAAUCUAAGCCAUUGUAGUCUUCUUUAUCCUCAAUAUAUUUUUAACUGCACCAAGUCUUUUGAGCAAGGAUCACUGAUAACUUAUUAAAUAUGUAUCCAUGUGAAAUCAAGGAAAGAAAUAUAACAAAAUGUCAUUCAUUAAAACCACAUAAUAAUUGAUUUCUUUCACUAUACUUGUAGUGAACUUUGAUACAUUCCUAAAUUUUCUAGCAACCUUCAAUAUAACUGAAUACCCAAUUUCAUCUCUAACAGCAGGACAACACCUCAUGCUUUCACUGUACCGUAACCACAUACUUCAUGUGUUUGUACGUCCAGCCAUGAUAGCAAUAUCUGUCAACACUUGUAAUGAAGAAAAGCUAACAUUGGGUAAGGAAUCGUAUACAGUAUUUGACUGCCGCACAUUUUAUUAAAGGAACUAUUGAUAAAACAAAGGGAAUUAAUGUAAACAGGUGUGAAGUAUUUUCUCUUACAAAAUCUGAUUCACAUAAAAAACUUGUGAAGUGGUGUUCCUCAUUCAUGUAGAAAACUUAUGAAGUGGUGUUCCUGAUUCACAUAGAUAACUUAUGAAGUGGUGUUCCUCUGUUUCAGAUGACUUGUAUAACAAGUACAGUUUUCUUGAGCAACUCCUAAGUAAAGACUUUGUGUUUGUUCCUGGACAUACUAAAGAUGUUUGUGAUUUUCUUUAUUUCCCUAACUAAUGUACAGUUAUGAAAGAGAUACAUAAUUAUUAUUAUACUAUGAUAAUAUAAUUAAGAUUAUAUAAAUAUACUAUAUUAAUUUUUGAGUUUCAGCAAAAUACACUUUCAUUAUAAAGUAAUAUAUUUCAUAUUUCACAUAACUACUAUAAUUCUAUUUAAAACAGAUUUGGCUAACAUAGAUUCUGUUGGCUUAAUAUGAACACUAUUUCUUGUUAGCAAAUCUACAUAUAGCAAUAGCAUUUUCUCCAUUUAGGGGAAAAAUAUUUUGUUUGCAUGCUUCACUUUAUUUUUAUUUAAAUAUCAUUUUAUUUUGAGGACUUUGAACUUUCUCUUCGGACGCUGACUCACACAAGUGGUGUUGUUUUGGAAGAGAAUGAAGUAGUUAUUGGAAAGUCAACCAACAAACUCACCACAUUCUACAGUCAAAUGUUUGAACCAUUUUUACUGGGUUAUUGGGUGAGAUUGAAAAUAAUACAUAUACUUAAUAUUUAGCUUGCCAUUUUAUAAGUCUUUUUGAUACCUGCAAGUUAAAAAUCAAAUUGAGAUGUGUGAGAUUUAUUGUAAACUGAAUUUUUUUUUCUGUUUAAAAAAAUAACAGUCUCUUUGCAACUAAUUGGCUCUAACUGUAUAUUAAUUUUUAAAAGUGAGAGUUAUAUCAUAACCACUUAUGUUAAUAGUUUCAGUUAAUAAAAAACCAUUUAAUUCACCGGUUCUCCUCAAACUAACAAUUGUUUUGAUUUUGUUUACAGAUUCUGUGUCAGUAUUUACUUUCAAACCACCCUAGUGUAGCUGGGAAACCAUUGGCUAAGACUCAGAAAAUAUUAGUCAAGGAGGCUCAAAUGAUGACAGCCCGCUUGCUUCAGGAGGGGGUUGUCAAACACUAUGAAGUGCUCUCUCUUGACAUGAUGAACAAUGGACUGCAUGCUUUAUACCACAUGGGUGGGGUUAGCAAAGAACGAAGGGAUGGCUCAGUCUACAUGUAUCCAAAUACUCGUCAACUGUCCAACAUCACUGACCAGCUAGGUAAGAUCUGACAUUCUAUUACCAUUAUAUUAAUUAAACCUUCCUUUAAUAAAAAAUUUUACUUGCACUUUUGCAGUCUAUAUGCAAAAGGCCAGAUUGGUGUAAAUUAAUCCAAUAUUUAAAUUGAUCUUAAUGUUGAUGAAAGACUGAAAAUUAUUGAUCCACUUUAUAGAAUUUCUGGAAAAAAAAUUAUUUUAGGCUUGUAUUGAUAAAAUGAAAGGUGGAAUGUAAUCUGUUACAAAAUCUUUUCAAUAAAGUAUUACAAAGUUUUUCGUCACUAUUUUUUCAUAUGUUUAAAAAAAAAAUCAUGUCUAGUAAAUCCAUGUUCAUGAAAGAGAAGCAAAACUAUAACAAGUCAACAGUUGAUAAAGACAUUAGUAUCUUAAGACUUGUUACAUCAUUAUGUUUGUAAAUGAUUUGUUUAUAUCAAAUUCAAUCAAUUUUUUAAAAUAUUUAUUGCAGCCAAAUUUAUUGAUGUUCCACGCCUGCCAUCUGUCAGCAUAAACCUACAUUCAAAGACUGUGACUGUCAAUGCUAAGCUCUGAACGUACUCCAUUGAAUAGAUACAAUUAAGUGAUACAAAUAACUAGACAAACAAAUGGGAAGCAGCUGAUGACCUACUCUAUAUAAUUAUGACUAAGAGCUUACGCUGAACCUUCAUGUAUUGUUAACUAUUACCCAGUGCACCGAGUUUUGUUUUUAAAAAAAAUAAAUUUGUAUGAUAUUUUGAGGUGCAACUUAAAUUUAAAUAAUGUGUAAUUGCAGGCAGUUUUAUUAAAAUGAAUAAUUUAUUUCUGAGUCAUCGUAAGGCUGUAAAGUGUGUUUGGGUGAUCUAUUUAACUCGUCAGCCAUGACCAUAUAUUUUUUGUGACCAUUUUUCACCCUUCCAGUCAUUUAAGAAAUAGUGAUUACUUAAAAAAAAGUGAUUAAUUUUGAUGAUGAUUAAUGAAUUAUUUAGUUGGUUUGCCUUGCCUAUACUAUUAUUACAUGGUUUCUAAGAAAUCUCUGAUAUUCAUCUGGUCCCUUGCAUAUCUAAGGAGACUAUUGUUGUAUAGCAUUAAACAAUUAAAUAACUGGGGCAUUUUCUUGAUGACUGAUACAUAGUUCUGAAAUGAAAGUUCUAUUUACUCAGAACUUAAGUAUGUCAAAACGUUGUUUUUUUUCCCUCCUCAACAAAUAUUUUUAAAAUGCAAACUGUGAUAUAUAAUCAAUAAAAAUAUAUUAUAAAAUGCUGAGUCUUUCAGCAUCUCUCUCAGCAUCACAAUUAGUUAAAGGGAAGAUCGUCUUCAGUAUUUAGAAUUGGAUAUCCCUCUCCAUCCAACAUUUGAAUAUUGUCAAGUUAUUUUCAUGGCAUCAUAAUGUAUGCUUGAAAAAAAUAUAAGUUUUGGAUUGUGCAAAAAAAAUGCAGUAUGUCAAUCACAAUAAAUGUAAUUAAAGAUGCUAAUAUUUUUAGAAGACCAACUGGCUGUAACAACAAAUUUGUUUUGUUUUGCCUUUCAAAUGUGAAGUUUUCUAUCUCAUGAGUUUCUAUCACCAACAGAUUCUCAGAUCUCAUUUAACAUGUUCAACAAUUAUGUAUUAAAUAAUUAAUGUAAUGAAAAAGAAUUUCAGACAUAUUUUUUUCAAUUACAAGAUUUUCCUUCUCACUGAAAACCCCUUUAAAGUUCAUUUGUUUUAGAAAUGGAAACAAUUGUAAGUCUUAUUUGUUUUACUGGUACCUAAUACCUUUAUAACUUUAUUUCUUUAAAAAAAAAGAAGAUCUAUAUAUUUUGUCAUGUAUAGUUUUAUACAUGGUUAACUGACAGUUUCAUUUUUAAAGAUUAUUAAUUUGGUAAAAGUCAAAGCUUUUAGAUCUGUCUAAACUAUCUAUAAUAAAACCACUGUAAUGCUACAGAUUGUUAUUCUGGUAAAUUCUAUCUAAAUAGUACAUUGCGAGUUAACCUUUUGUUAUAUUAAUUAAAGCAGACCAGAUGCCUUUAAGCCUGCAACUGCAUUGAAUUCGGGCCUGGAUAGCAGGAGUCAUCUUAUGAUCAGCUUCUUUCUUUAUUCCUGUUUUAAAUAAGGUGGCCAUGCACUCCACUUAAAAAUGCUGAUUGCACUUUCUGAUAUUUAGUAGUGUGUUUAAAAUAGAAUUGAGUAAAAUUGACAGAAUGUGUGCUGACUUAAAUGAGACUUGUAAUACACCCUUCUUUCUUGAGACAAGAACGUUCUACUCAACAGCAAAGAGUCCAAUACUUUGCAAUUUAUGUACAGUGAUUUAUUAUAGCCCAAGAAAGAAAAGUUAAUACAAACAUUUCUAUCGGUUUUUGAUUAUAUUACAACAGUAGUUCACAUUUUGUAUCAUUGCAUUAACAAAGAUUUUAACAACAAAAGAUAGGAAGAAAUUACAUUGGCACCUUUGGAUCAGUUGGGACUGUAUCAAUGAUUAACUCUUUACUAACUUGGAUUCUUAAGCUUCUAUAUACACAUAGUGACACCUAGCAAGAUUUAGAUAACAUGAAUUUUGAAAACAUUUAGUUUUACAGCAGUCCAAUCAUUUAGCAAGUAUGCCAAUGUUAAAAUAACCUUUUUUUCCUCAUAAAGAACCUUGUAGAAAAUAUAGUUGAAAACCUGCAUGUGUCUGAAAAUAUUAAUUUAGAGAUGUAAUUAAUAGAGUUUUUGUGCCAAUAAACCAUCCAGCUGGAUGUCAGAAAUCUUGGAUAUCUACAUUUCAAGAUGUAUUCCCUAUUGUCUUUAUUUAAGAGCGCUUAUUUUAUAUUUACAUAAACCAAAGUUAAGGAUGUGGGGCAUUUUCACCAGCAUCAUAAAUUCACCAUUAGUGCUGGAAAAAAAAAUUAACUUAGCGAUGUGACAAUGUCGCAUUCAUUUUUUUUAUUUAACCAAUACAGCAUCCGGCUGGAUUACAGCAUCCGGCUGGAUGUCAGCAGUUUUAAAAGUAUCUAAAUCUCAAGAUGUAUUUCUUAGUUUUAUUUAUGUCUUUUAAGAAUGUUUAUUUACAUAAAUAAAAGUAGUCAAGGAUGUGGUGACUGUCUACAAAAGUUCAUCCUUGUUUAAAAAAAAAAAUUGAAAUUAAAACGGGUUAAUCUUGCUUUUGUGAUUGAGGUAUGAGGCUGAUGAAAACAGUAUUUUAUUUAAUAAAGAUAAUGAUCACAAGAAAACUGAAAUUUUUUGGGGGGUUUCAACAUGCAUGAAUGUUUUUCUUCCGAGCUAAACCAUAAAUUGUCCAUGGCUAAAAAUUAUUUCUUGAUACCUGGUAUGCCAGAUAUGUGAGA